UCCUUCUUCCUUCUCAAUAGUGCGUGCGGUCUGCGACUGCGACAGACUUGUUCGGAUUCCAUUGCUAGCGAAAUGGACGCCGUAAUGUUCGUCGUCAAUUCGUAGUCCUAGUUUAAGGGUGCUGUAAUCAGUGCUCUUUUUUAUAACAAGACCUUUAUUUACUAUCCAUUCAAAUAAUUAGUUUAACUUCUUAACAUGUCUUUCCCUUCAAAUUAAAUAUUUGUCAUUUAUUUUGGCAUGGCGGUCAUUGGUAGGAAGUUGCGGUGAUUGAGAACCCUUGGUGUUAAAGUCGUAAAUUUGUGUGUUAUUUUUAACUCGAUUAACUAAUUUAUAUAUUUUAAAUUUAUAAGCAGUUAAAGUUAUAAUCAUGGUGAAAGAGAAGCCAGGUUCUACAAGGAUCUAUGACGAGGAUGGGUUCAGGAGACGGGCUGCAUGCAUUUGUGUGAGAAGCGAAUCUGAAAACGAGGUGCUUCUAGUGACAUCUUCACGACAGCCGGACCACUGGAUUGUGCCAGGGGGCGGAGUGGAGCCUGAGGAGGAACCGAGGACAACUGCCAUACGCGAGGUGGAGGAGGAAGCAGGUGUCAUUGGGAAGCUGGGCCGAUGUCUUGGCGUCUUCGAGGUGAGAAAUGAUGAACGCAAGCACAGGACAGAAGUGUUUGUGAUGGUCGUCACUGAAGAACUGCCCGAGUGGGAGGACUCCCGGAACAUUGGCCGACAACGCAAGUGGUUCACUCUGGACGAAGCUCUGAAGCAACUCUCUCUCCACAAGCCUGUACAGCUGACGUACCUUGAGAGCCUCCGACCCAGAGUAACAUAAACAUCCGUCUCAUCUCGUCACGCUCCACUAUCCUGCCUCAUUCUUUAGUUGCAUCUUAAAAUUCAAACCCUAAUCGACCACAAACGAUAAUUUCUGGCUAGCCUCAUCUCAAUAUUAUUUAACAUAACUUUACUUCUUACAUUUCACUUUAUUUUUACGGUGUUUCUUUAGGUAGUAUGACAAAAAAAAGGCAACAAUCUCAUUAGCUCUUGUCUAUUUGUUUCUUUAGGUGUAUCCCUUCUGCUUUGUGUAUCUGUUAGGUUCUCUUGAUUCUGCCAAUGCGACUCCCUGCAAGAUCCUUCUACUUUCCUAUUUUUAGACAUAAAUUGACUAAUGUAAUGAAUCUUAGGGAUCGCAAGGUACCCUAGAAUGAAUGGACUGUAUCUCUUUACUGAAUAAAAUGUGUCUUUGUA